AUGGCUGAUCCAAAGAAGAAGAUCCUGCCCAUCGAUGGCGAGCGCAAUGUGCUCAUCACCAGCGCACUUCCCUACGUAAACAACGUCCCGCACCUGGGCAACAUUGUGGGCUCCGUGCUCUCCGCCGACGUCUUCGCUCGCUAUUCACGCGCCCGAGGUUACAACACGCUCUACAUCUGCGGCACCGACGAGUACGGCACCGCCACUGAAACAAAGGCCAUUGAAGAGAAGGUCACGCCCGAACAGCUGUGCGCCAAGUACAAUGCGCUGCAUGCCGAUGUGUACAAGUGGUUCAACAUUGGCUUUGACCACUUCGGUCGGACUCCGACGCAGCAGCAGACAGACAUCGCCCAAGACAUCUUCACCAAGCUGCACAAGAACGGAUACCUCGAGGAGCAGACCACAACACAGCCAUACUGCGAGACCCACAACAGCUUCCUGGCAGAUCGUUUCGUUGAAGGUACCUGUCCCCUGUGUAAUUACGACGAUGCCCGAGGUGACCAGUGCGACAAGUGUGGGCAUCUUCUCGACCCGCUAGAGCUCAUCAAGCCUCGCUGCAAGCUGGACGGUGCGACGCCUGUGCCGAAAGAGACAAAGCAUGUAUACCUCUUGUUAGACAAACUCCAGCCCUUGGAGGAGGAAUGGUUCGCAAAGGCCAGCAAGGAGGGCAACUGGAGCUCCAACGGUGUUCAGAUCACAUCUAGCUGGUUGAAGGAGGGUUUGAAGCCGCGAGGCAUCACCCGCGACCUCAAGUGGGGUACUGCCGUCCCGCUUGAGGGUUAUGAGAACAAGGUCAUGUAUGUGUGGUUCGACGCAUGCAUCGGUUACGUUUCGAUAACGGCUACCUACACGGACGAGUGGGAAAAGUGGUGGCGCAACCCGGAGAAUGUGAAACUCUACCAGUUCAUGGGCAAGGACAACGUGCCCUUCCACACCGUGGUCUUCCCCUGCUCCCAGAUCGGUACUGGAGACAAAUGGACCAUGCUGAACACCAUCUCCACCACCGAGUACCUUAACUACGAGCACGGAAAGUUCUCCAAGUCAAGAGGAAUCGGUGUCUUCGGUAAUAAUGCGAAAGAAACCGGUAUUCCUUCUGACGUCUGGCGCUACUACCUCCUCUCUCAUCGCCCGGAGACUGGUGACACGGAAUUCGAAUGGAAAGGCUUCAUCGACUCGAACAACAACGAGCUGCUGAAAAAUCUGGGUAACUUCGUCAACCGUGUCAUAAAGUUCGUGAACUCCAAGAUCUACAACUCUGUCGUACCAGACUAUACCAAGUUCACAAGCGAGUACUUGGGCGAGCACAAGAAAAAAGUCAACGAAUCGCUGAAGCGAUACAUUGCAGAGUCGGAGGACGUCAAGAUCAGGGCCGCCCUCUCGACAGCGCUCCACAUCUCGAGCUUGGGCAACACGCUCUUGCAAGAUAACAAGCUCGACAACGCCUUGGCCACAAACGAACCGGACAGGUGUGCUGCCGUGGUCGGUCUGGCACUUAGCCACAUCCAUUUGCUCUCCUCCCUAAUCCACCCGUACAUGCCCGACACCACGACGUCCAUCCUCGCCCAGCUAAAUGCCUCCUUCCUCACCAUUCCCGAUGAUUGGGAAGCUCGCUCACUGCCUGUCGGCCACAAGAUCGGCAAAGCGGCUUACCUCUUUUCGCAGAUCAAGCCGGAGCGUGAACAGGAGUGGAGGGAACAAUUUGGUGGCGAGGAGGCACGGAAAGCAAAGGAGGAGAAGGCCGCCAAAGCUGCGGCGAAGAAGGCAGAGAAGGAACGCAAAAAGGCGAAAAAGGCUGCGGCUAAGGUUGGAGAGGGUGUUGAGGCCAGCGAGAAGGGUGGAAAGGGAGAGAUACCCGCUGAGAAGACGGCUGUUGAAGAGGUCGCGGAAGGCGUCAAGCAGACGAGUCUACAAAGCUCGUAG